UUGGCGUAGGAUCCACUGCAUGUGCUGACACCACGGCUGCAUCAAGUAUUCGUACACCGAACUGUUUUUAUAAUUAACAUUGCUGUGAACUGUUAUUAGUUUAUUAAUCGUGAGGAUUCUAAUUUUUGUUCCUGGCUUUCUAAGUGAGCGUUGUAGCGCGAUAGUGUUCCAAAGACAUCUGCCUUAAUACUGUUAAAACUGCAUCUUGCGAUCUUGCAAGAGGUUACUUUAGGGAUUGAAGACACACGUCGCCAGACGCAGUGCAUUUUGACUUACAAUUCAAGGAGGACAAGAGAAAACAAGCAGUAAGACAGGAAAUGGUCAUGGAGGCAUCCCCCUCACCACAGUGUGUCGGUCGUGAGUUCGUCCGACAAUACUACACCCUGCUCAAUAAAGCACCCAAUCAUCUUCACAGGUUUUACAAUACCACUUCAUCUUUUGUACACGGCGGUCUAGACACCUCAAACAAGGAAACCAAGCCUGCAAUCGGUCAGAAGCAAAUCCACCAGAAAAUCCAGCAGCUGAACUUUCGCGAUUGCCAUGCUAAAAUCACCCAGGUCGAUUCGCAAGCUACCCUUGGCAAUGGCGUUGUCGUUCAGGUCUCCGGAGAACUCUCAAACGCUGGACAACCGAUGCGUCGUUUCACGCAGACGUUCGUCUUGGGGGCCCAGGCGCCGAAGAAGUAUUACGUCCACAACGACAUCUUCCGCUACCAGGACUUUGGUUUCCCAGAUGAGGAGGAAGUUGACUCUGAAGGCCCUGACUCUGGAAUGCACGAUUCCGGGGAGCGGGAAAUCGAGGAAGGCGGUCGCUCCGAGCCCGAGGAAGAUGAACAACAGAAUCAGAUUCAACAGAUUGCGGCACCGAUCGCUGCUGCCGAGCAACACGCCGCUGUCGUGAUCACCCAACCACCACCCAUCAGCGGACAGCCGCUUUACUAUCCUCCAGCACCUCAACAUGUCCAUUCUGUGAUGCCACCAGUGAUAAACGGUUCGGUUCACGAAGACGCUUCUUUGAUUGCUCAGCAGCCACUUCAACAGUCGAUCCCUCCACCCCAGCAACCGGUGCAGCCGCAACAACAACAGCAGCAACAACAACAACAACCUCAGUACAUCAGCGAGCCCGUGGUGCAAGAACAAUUUACACAGGAAGCUGAGGUGGAAGCUUCCAACGAUCAGCAGCAGCCAAUCAAGGAAGAAGCACAUUCUACACCCAACGAAAGUCAUGAGCCAGUUGAAGCUGAAAACUUCUCCACUCCGGCGACUGAUGUUGGGGCUCAGGAACACUCGUCGAGUCCACCGACGAGCACGAGCAACAGCGGACCCAAAACUUAUGCCAACUUGGUCAAGUCGUCGUUUCCAGGCUCUCAGGGUUUGACGAAUCCACAGCCUCCGAAAAUUUCAAUGUCACCCCCACCGAUAACAAAUUUUAAAAUGGAGGAAAGAUCGCCUUCGCACCCACCCAGCACUGGUCCUUCGUUCGCUUCGAACACAAGUGUGCCUACCAAUCCACAACCGCCUCACAGGAUUCCAAGUAAUCAGCAGCCACCUCCACAGCCGCAACAACAGAGACCUCCACGAACUGUUCCAAUGCAAAGAGAUGGAGAGCGUCGUAGUGGAAGACCAAACCAGUUCACAGAUGCUCAUCAACUCUUUUUGGGAAAUGUACCUCACCAUGCAACAGAAAGUGAUCUCCGUCAAUUGUUUGAACGUUACGGCAGAGUAGCUGAGCUUCGCGUCCACAGUAAACAAAACGACAGAAGUAAAGGCCCCCAAGGUCCCAACAGCAGUACAACACGUGUGCCUAACUACGGAUUCAUUACUUUCGAGGAUUCCCAAGUUGUCGCGAAAGUCUUGAAUGACUUGCCUAUUUACUACCCUGAUGAAAACGGACAGAUCAAACUUAACGUUGAAGAGAAGAAACUCAAGCCCAGGAUGUCAAUGGAAGGUGGUGGUGGAAGGCCUAGCACUGGUGGUGACAACAUGCGUUCAAUGGGUGGACAGCAACAGCAACAACAACGCGGUCCAGGUGGCCCAGGAGGAAUGAGAGGCGGUGGUGCACGAGGAGGUCCUCGAAGUUACCCCCGCAGUGGUGGUGAAGGUGGCCGAGGUGGCGGUGGUGGUAUGCGACAGCCAGGAAACCCGAGCAAUCAGAACUACGCAAACCGACGCUAACCAUCGUCGCGAUUUCCACUUUCUUCUUGGAAAAUAUCAGCAUUCUCUGAAAAUAUCAGCGGUACCUAAUUAAACGCCCUGGCAACAUCAUCAUCGUCAUCAUGUCUCAGCGCGACCUGCGAGACUAACAAUCUCCCAGAUCUUGGGAACUAAUUAUUCUUAUCGUCAAUUGAAGAAACACGUGGAAAAAAAGAAACAAACAAACCUGGGAUGCUCUUUGUUUUCCUGCAUGUCGCGCCUUGCUCGUACUUCUCUUCGUAAUAACACAUUGCGGCAAUAACAAACCACGGUGCGAAUACCGGUCCCUUUUUAUUUAUCGAUUAUCUCUUAAAACUCCGAGGACUUUCAACUUUUUUUUUUAAGUCUGCUUACUUUUUGACUCGACUAACUUAUUGAUUGAAGAUAUGAGGGGGAAGGAGAUCGAGAGAGAGAGAGAGAGAGAGAGAGAGAGAGCGAGCGACUCGAAAAGAAAAAACACUUUCAUCCCGUUCUUACGACACACGUCACUUUACACAAACUCAUAAUCGACAGGUAUCGAUUCUGAGAAGGUGUCUCACUUCUUAAACUGCAGCUGGACUUUAGCAGUAAUUAGUACACCCCCUUUCUAUCGCCUGUCCCAUCUUUUCUGACUUCUUUCAGCCUCCUCAUUCUCCUCUUUCCUUCUUGAAAAUCGUUUUGCAGAAAUGAUGUGGAGUUCGCAAAUUCUUUUCUAUUUGAAUUUGUCCGUGUCGAUUCACCCUGACAUCGAAAAACCCUACGUCUGCUUAAAAACCACUGGCAAAAAGAGGCGUCGACCGAACAAUAAUUAUUACUAUUAUUAAGAUAAGUAAACACUGUCGUCGAUGUCCAAAAUCACAAGUUUCAACACAAACGGAAACGGUAUUCGUAAGUUUGACAUCGCUCAAUAACAAUAAAUUUAUUGAUACCGGUCCUGUUUUUGUCUAGAUUAAAUAGAAAUAGACUCUCUCAGUUUAAAUACAAAUUUCCUUCGGUGAUUUAUUUAUAAAGGCACGUUUAAAUAAUCAAAAUUGUUUUUUUUUUAAUUUUUUUAUGGUCGGCGAUUCAUUGUUGGAGAUCUUCAGAAGUACUUAAAUACUAAAAAAAAUUACGUUUUAAUAGUUCAAUUCGUUUGAGGCUUACUCUCCGAAUUUCGGUGCAUUUUACACUGCCAGGUGAUUUUAUUCCUUGGGUUUAAAAUUUGUAAUCCAAAUUUUAACCGGAUUUCGAGAAGUAAGCAUUAAGUUUUUUCAUAGUUUUCUAGUCAUUGAAAAUGUUUUUGAAAUUGUUUAUUUUAAAUAGAGAAGAUCUCGACCAAUGAAGCCUCUCGAACCGCGGAAGAAGAAGAAAAAGAAGCUUUAAAAAUGUCGAAAUUUAAUUAAAUUAAAUUAACGAGUGAAGCGUCGACACGUAUUUUCUAGAUCUUUAUUUGCCAGUCGGAUAAGUUUUGGACUUUCUAUCGAAUUUAGGUGCUUUAAAAAUUGCAAAUGAAAAAUGAAAAUAUAGGAAAAAUACAGAGAUAAAAUUGAAAUUGGUUUUCAGGAGAAGCCGAAGUGAAUUUCGCUGUGAUUUAAAGUUUUUCAAGUCUGAGUUGAACUAUCGAGAGGCGUUUCCUUUUUUCUUACUGACCAUGGAGACUAAUAGUCUGUAUUUGAACAGCUACUGCGUUAUAGUUUGUAAUGGAAUAUGUUGUGUCGCUGCGACCAGGCUGUGACAAUUUUUCCAGAUCGCAUUCUUAAAUAAUGUUGCUCCAUUUUUUCUUGAAAGGGAACGAUCAAGAAAGAAAGAAAAAAGAAAUUACUCAGGUUCAAAAAUCCUAUUCGAAAAGUCACAACUUGGAAGUAGCUUUAUUAGACGGUUUCGCAUCGCGAGGAACGAAUUUCACACAUCGAUGUAAGAAGUAAAUUAAAUUUUAGGUUUCUAAUUCACCGACGAUUUACGUUUCUUGUUAAUGCUUCUCUUUAUACUUUAUUAUAUAUAAUAUUAAUAUAUAUAUAUCUAUACAGUUGCCCUAGGAACGCGUGAUUUAUCGAAUUUUUGUUACGAAAAGGGCACAAGUGUCAUAGAUAUACCCUUGUAAGGGAGGCUUUAUAUCAUCUCUUUGUUAAGUUUAGCACGACUUAUUUUAAUUUUUUUUUCUCAUUUUUUUUUGUAUGGUAAUUGCGGAUCGUUUUGCUUGUUUUAAAGCUCAAGUUGAUAAUUGGUUUUCGAACUCGCGACGACCACAGAUUAGAUUUUGUGCGCACUUUUCAGAUUGUUGUUAGCAAUUGGGUAGAGAGGACUCAGGUUUAGGUAGAUAAUUUUUUAUUCGAACUUUGAUGAAACUGCUUCAAUUUAUUCAGUUGGUUGAGCGACGUUUGAAAAUGACGUGCACGAAAUCAUCCGGUGGAGUGUGAAUUAGUUUUAAACAUUAAUUUCCAUUCUAUUUGUUUUUUUUUUAAGUGAGAGAAAAUGAGAGAAAUGAUCGUUACGAGGGAGAAUUAAAGGGAAGAAUUUAUCGGGGGAAACGCUUAUCUUAACUAGUUACUAGUCGGAAGACAGGCAGUCGGAGGGCUGGCGGGCGGGUGGGGUUGAAUUAAAGAAAAAAAUUCCUGCAAUGCGAAAUCGUCAAAAUGUACGCGAAACUCAGUAAAUUUUUAGUGUGAAUGUUUUUCUUUUUUAAGUGACUAUAGGUAAUCAUUAAAGUAAUAAUUAUAAUAUUAACUACGAACGAAAGCAAAAGCAAAAGAAACACAAAUCAUAAUGAUAAUGAUUAUUAUAACGAUUAAUGAACUAGAGGAUGGCGAUAAUUAAAUUGUGAAGUUUUGUAGCAUACAUUUUUAUUUUGGCUGGUUAGGCCACUUUGUGUGUACAACCGUGGACAACGUUACUUCGAUAAAAGUAUAAUGUUAAAUUAAAAAUGAGAGAAACCGACAAACGUAAAAUGUAUUGUAACUUUUUGCAUUUAGUAAUAAUAUACCUUACAACCCGUAA